AUGGCAGCAGCAACGCGAGAGAGGCCGCGCGUACACUCGGUUGGGGUGUACAUACACCCCAUGGCGCAGCAGUGCCCAUGCCCCGAUGCCCCAAAAGUUUUCUUCAGAAAAAUUCAAGCACUCUUUGAGACUUUCUUUGUUGAGAUACAGCCCGAUCAUAGGUUCAAGGGUACGGGCUCGAAGGUGGCGAGUGAGCCGCAGGUGGAGGAGCUGACGGUCUUUACGUUUGAUGUAGAAGAGACAAAGCGAGCAAUAGAGGCGGCGCGUCAUGUUGCUUCUGGCGUUCACCUGGCGAGGGAGCUCGUCAAUGCCCCCUCAAACUACUGCACCACCAUCACCCUCGCAAAAGCAGCAGAAACUGUUGCUAAAGAGGGGGGCUUGGAGUGCAGGAUCCUUGAUCAGCCUGCUUUAGAGGAGAGGGGGAUGGGGUGUUAUCUAGCGGUGGCGAAGGGGUCUAUGUACCCCGCUCAGUUUAUACAUCUUAUAUAUAGACCCAAGUCUGCUGCUGCUGCUGCUGCUGCUGCUGGUGCUGCUGAUGGUAGUGGUGGUGCGGGUGCUGCUGCAGCAGCAACCGGAAAAGGAAGCAAAGAUGAGGGAAAAACAGCAGCAGCAACAGCAGCAGCAGCAGAAAAGGAGACAGGAGAAAUAAAACAUAAAAUAGCAUUUGUAGGAAAGGGUUUAUGUUUUGAUAGUGGUGGUUAUAAUAUAAAGAGAGCGGAGACAUCUAUAGAGAUGAUGAAGUUCGAUAUGGGGGGUGCUGCUGCUGUUCUGGGUGCAGCACGAGCUGUAUCUUUGCUGCAGCCUGCUGCAGUAGAGAUUCACUUUAUAGCAGCAGCAGCAGAGAACAUGGUCAGCAGCAGAGCAUAUAGACCUGGGGAUGUGUUACGUGCUAGCAAUGGAAAAACAAUAGAAGUGGGAAACACAGAUGCAGAGGGGAGGCUAACACUUGCUGAUGCUCUGGUGUAUGCGGAGCAGCUGCACGUACACUCCAUCGUAGAUGUUGCUACCCUCACCGGCGCAUGCAUCGUAGCUCUCGGAGAAUCUUAUGCUGGACUCUUCAGCCCCAAUGAUGAACUCGCAGAAGAAAUACUACAGUGGUAA